CCGAGGUGGCGACCAAGGCGGAGGGCGCGAGUGGGCCGCCACUGAGGAGCAGGGAGCGCAGCCCGCGGCCCCCACCGGCUUGGCCUCCGCAGCUGCGGGGCCCCUCAUUCGGGGCUCCCUGGGUCCCUUGCAAUGAAGAUAUUCAAAUGUUGUUUUAAACACACCCUACAGCAGAAAGUUUUCAUCCUGUUUUUAACCCUAUGGCUGUUCUCCUUAUUAAAGCUUCUAAACGUGAGAAGACUUCUCUUCCCUCAAAGAGGCAUUUACUUAGUUGAGUACUCCUUAAGUACCUCCCCUUUUGUAAGGAACAGAUACACCCAUGUUAAGGAUGAAAUCAGGUAUGAAGUCAACUGUUCAGGUAUCUAUGAACAGGAACCUUUGGAAAUUGGCAAGAGUCUGGAAAUAAGAAGACAAGACAUCAUCGACUUAGAGGAUGAUGAUGUUGUGGCAUUGACCAGUGAUUGUGACAUCUAUCAGACUCUGAGAAGGUACCACCAAAAGCUAGUUUCAAGGGAGGAGAAAGGAUUCCCAAUAGCUUAUUCUCUGGUUGUCCACAAAGAUGCAAUUAUGGUUGAAAGGCUUAUCCAUGCUAUAUACAACCAGCACAAUAUUUACUGCAUCCAUUAUGACCUUAAGUCACCUAACACCUUCAAAGUUGCAAUGAACAAUUUAGCUAAGUGCUUCUCCAAUAUUUUCAUUGCUUCCAAAUUAGAGACUGUGGAAUAUGCCCACAUUUCCAGACUCCAAGCUGAUUUAAACUGCUUAUCAGACCUUCUCAAGUCUUCCGUUCAAUGGAAAUAUGUCAUCAACUUAUGUGGACAAGAUUUUCCUCUGAAGUCAAAUUUCGAAUUAGUGUCAGAGCUGAAGAAACUCAAUGGAGCCAAUAUGUUAGAGACAGUGAAACCACCUAACAGUAAAAUGGGAAGAUUCACAUAUCACCAUGAGCUCCAACAGGUGCCUUAUGAAUAUGUGAAGCUACCAAUAAGGACAAACAUCUCCAAGGAAGCACCCCCUCAUAACAUUGAGAUAUUUGUUGGCAGUGCCUAUUUUGUUUUAAGUCAAGCAUUUGUUAAAUAUAUUUUCAACAACUCCCUCAUAAAAGACUUUUUUGCCUGGUCUAAAGAUACAUACUCUCCUGAUGAGCACUUUUGGGCUACCUUAAUUCGGGUACCAGGGAUACCUGGGGAGAUUUCCAGAUCGGCCCAGGAUGUGUCUGACCUACAGAGCAAGACCCGCCUUGUUAAGUGGAAUUAUUAUGAAGGGUUUUUCUAUCCCAGUUGCACUGGCUCCCACCUUCGAAGUGUGUGUAUUUAUGGAGCUGCAGAAUUAAGGUGGCUUAUAAAAGAUGGACAUUGGUUUGCUAAUAAAUUUGAUUCUAAGGUGGACCCUGUCUUGAUUAAAUGCUUGGCAGAAAAGCUUGAAGAACAACAGAAAGAAUGGAUCACUACGUCUUCAGAAAAGUUAUUUAUGGAUAAAAAUCCGACAAUCGUAUCAUCAUAGUAAAAUCAAGAUGGAAAUAAGAGGGCAUCUGAUACUUGGAGUUAAAAUGGAAUUGUAUAUUAUGCCAGGCCCAACAGCAUCUGAACUUUAUCUUCAAGUCGUCUAAGGUUCCAUGCACUAAGGAAAGCCACCUAGACUUUGAUCAUACGAGCCUAAAGUUUUUUUUUUUUUUCAAUGUUUGUUUUUGCUUGUGAUCUCACUGAGCUAAAUCAGAGAUCUUAAGCAUUCAGUCAGUCAUCAAAUAUUUAUUGAGCACCCAUCUGUGCAUCGGGCACAUUUUCCAGAAAACAUUCAGGAAUUAAAUCCUAGUUGUAAUGAGUUGCACAAUGCCCUCAGGAAGCGAUGACCUACCCUCAUCUCACGGCAACCUCAGUAUCUUCAUGUUCUCCACAUGACAAUGAGGAUUCCACUGAAGAAGCUUCUGGAGUAUGUGGCAAUCAUAUAGAACACCCAUUUCAGGAUGGGGUAAAAGCACACUGACCAGCAUCAGUCCGUCUCUUAGUUCAGCUCCCUAAAUGUUUCUUAACCAUUAGAAUAUUAGGAGGAGAGACUCCACUACCUCAGAGACGCUCAAAGAAUUGUCCAAUUGCUUGCUUGCCAAAGCAUAAUUUACCUUUUGGUGCCUCAUGUAUUCAAUUCAGGGCUGAGGGAACUCUGUUGGUGUGGCAUUUAUAGUGUAUGAAAGUCAAGGAAGGAGGUGGGUUGGGAGGUAGGGGAACUGGGUCAAGUGGUGCCUGAAGAGGAACAGAGAAAAAGGGUUAUUCAACUUUUGUAUCAUGUUACACAAUGGCGUCAUGAAUGGCUUCCUUUCUAAUUCAGCCAUUUCUUCAAACACAUUUAUUGAUGAAAAAUAAGAACUGAUUAACAGUUCAAAGUGUCAUACACCAGAACCUUAAACCUACAUCUUCCACUUCGUAGGUUAUCAUUAUAGGUAAGCUCCUUUAUAAUGGAACACUUCCUAUGGAAUUAGUACAAUUCUAUUUAACGGAACUAUCAAGUCACUACAUUUUCUUGAAAACAUUAACAUGGAAUAUGAUGGUUUUUUAAAUUAACUAUUAUGGUCAUUUAAAAUGUUUUCUUCUCUGGGAACUGUCGAAGUGGAAUCCAAACUUAAAAUGAUAAAAACUCUCAUUUCAGUUUUCCUCUCAACUUAGAUCCAAAGAGAAAAAGCUAAUUUUCCUAAGGACAAGAAUAUUUAUUAAUGCUAUUUUGUGAAGCCCACACCUGAGAGAACUAUUGUAUAGGUAUAGUAAUUGUAAGUGCUGGAGCAGGGUCCUAAGAACAGGCUGUAUCACUUUCACCAGGCUCUUGGAAAGCCAUGAACCCCUGUAAAAAUUUUGAUUUUUUAAAAAAAUUUUGUGUUUUCAGGGCUGGGGAUAAAGCUCAGUUGGUACAGUGCUUGCCUUGCAUGCACAAGGCCCUGGGUUCAAUCCCCAGCACUGAAAAAAAAAAAAAAAUUGUGUUUUCCAUGUCAGCCUCACUAACAAAGAUGUGUUAAUUGAGUCCAAAAUCAGACUGUUUAGAAAUUUGAAAUGCUAAAUGUUUUUUACAUUUCCAGAUUCUGCACAUAGAAUGCACUUAUUUCAAAGUUCAUGACACUAACUGCCAAGUGGCACCAUUGUUUCUCCCCCUUUCUUUUUUUCUUUAACUUGUUUUUUAUCUUCUUUUUGUGUCACUUUCAAAUUGCGUCAUUCUUCAGAAAACAACCAUUACCAAGCUCCUACUAUUAAAAAUCAGUCCCUGUUUUAGAAAGCUAAGUUCUGCAGAGGACCUGCACCAGUCUGUUAGUGCGUGAGACUCUGGACAAGCAAAGUCACUUUGAUCCCCCUGAGCCUCAGUCCUCCUGGUGUUUGCAUUGAGCACUUGGACGCCUCUCCUGGCUUCCCGCAAGGCCUUUGUGAGAAUCAACUGAAAUAGUAUCUGAAGUGGUCUGAAAAUGGGGACGAAUUUUGAAAUAUGAGAGAGUACUAAUAGUAUAAGGCAAACAUAGGUCCAACCCCAUUGUGAGAUUUACUUUCUCUGAAAAACCUUUGAAAUAUAAAAGGAGGCCAUCGUUGCAGAGGUAACUUCUGUCACCAAACCUAGAUCUGUGAAAAGCCUUGUCACCAUGUUUGGGGGUUCUGAUGAAGACGAUAGGAUUAGCAAAUUUGUCCAGUAGCUUAGAUUGGACAGAGGAGUAGAUAUACUUUUCCUACCACCCAGGAUUAAAUAUACAAAGUCCCAUUGAAGUCUUGGUUUUUACACCUUUGGUCAUCAAAAUAGAUGUAAAUGCUGACAGAUUAAUGUCAACCUCCUGGGCCAGUGUCCUGCCCCUCCCCUGUUAAUUGCGAAGUGUCCCAAGUUGCUCAUCACUUUAAUGCUGUAGUCUAAAGGAUGAAGAAGAUAAGAGGUGGCAGUGCCUUCUUUUCCCUUUGACACAUUUCUCUGGACUUGUUCCUAACAUUUCAGGGAGCUUGUCGCUUCACACUCUUUUGCCUUGGGGAUCCUGCAGAUUCCCUGUAUGCCUUCAAACCUGAUUCUUCCCUCAAACCUUUGGGUGUGCUUCCCUUCCUGGUCUGAGAAUGUUCUUCAGCCUGUGUUUUAUAGUUAUGCUUUGUAAAAGUAUUUAUUGACUCUAGACUCUUAAGUUACUUAGAGAUAAGACCAGGAACUUGGAGUUGUAAAUUAUAUGUGGGUAUUAGACAAUAUUAACAAUGAAAGAGCUACCAAGAUAUGUCUAUAUUAUGUGAAUAAUCUACUGUAAUAUAUAUAAAGAUCAGUAUUGCUGCUAUUUUUAAUGUUUUACUUA